AUGGCGGCGGUGAACUCUUCUCUCGGUGAGGACCAGUUCCUCUGCUCCAUCUGUCUGGAGGUCUCCACUGAUCCAGUCACUGCACUGUGUGGACAUAGCUUCUGCAGCAUCUGCAUCAAGAAACACUGGGACAACAGCGACCACUGCAGAUGUCCCGUCUGUAUGCAGGACUUCAGCCCAAGACCACUGAUGAAAGUCAAUAUUGUUUUAUCAAAGAUGCUUUCUUACUUCAGGAGAAAGCCUCAAGAUGAAGACACAGAGAUAGAGGCUCUGCCCACUGAUCCAGGAGUGGACCGUGACCCGUCCACUGCUCCAGGAGAGGUGGACUGUGACCUGUGUCCAGAGCCCAGGCUCAGAGCCCUGAAGUCCUGCCUGCUGUGUCUGCUGUCGUACUGUGAGAGCCACCUGCAGCCACACCUCACAAACCCCCGUCUGAAGAGGCACCACCUGAUCCACCCUCUGCCCAACCUGGAGGAGCACAUCUGCCCGGAGCACCAGCGGCCCUUGGACCUCUUCUGUAGGGACCACUCCCACUUCAUGUGCAUGCAGUGCAGUUAUACAGAUGAUACAAAGCAUGAUACUGUCUUAUUGAAGGAGCAGGGAGAGGAGCAGCAGGCCACACUGAAGAAACAGAUCAAAGACGUGAGAAGUGCAGACAGCUUCAAACAGAGCAUUGUAGAAAAACACCAGGAGGUUGAGGUGGAGGCCUCUCGGCUAAUAAGGCACCUCCAGAUAGAGAUCUGUAAACUGGAGGAGAGAGGAGCUGAGAUGGAGCAGCUCUGGAGCUCUGGAGACCACCUGGCCUUUGUCCAAACCUUCACUACAGUCAAACCUGCUCCAGGGCUCUUAGACUGGAGUGAGAAGACUGUCAGGAUCCCGUCGUACAAGGGGACAGGGACCCAAGCUGUGUCUGAGCUGAGGAGCCAACUGAACACAGGGAUGGAGACGUUCUUUAAAGGAGAGUUAGAGGAACUUCAAGAGUUUGCAGUUGAGGUGUCUCUAGAUCCAGACAGAGCACAUCCAGACUUAGUUCUGUCUGAAGAUCUCAAACAAGUUUGUCGUGGCCAAACACAGAACGUCCCCAACCACACUUUUCAUCUGUGUUUUUUAGGGGAACAGAAGUUCUCAUCAGGAAAGUUUUAUUUUGAGGUUCAGGUCAAAGGAAAGACAGAAUGGAGAGUAGGAGUGGCCAAAGAGUCAGUGGACAUAGAAUAUUUUGAGUCUCGAAGCGUACAGAACGGAUACUGGACACUCUACAUGUUCAAUGAUCAUUAUUACGAAACAUCAGACGUUCCUCCUGUCGCUCUCUCUCUGCAGUCCUGUCCAGAGAAGGUGGGAGUGUUUGUGGAUUACGAUGAAGGUCUGGUCUCCUUCUAUGAUGUGGAUGAAAAGUCUCUUAUUUACUCUUUCACCGACUGUUGCUUUGACGACAACAUUCUGCCGCUGUUACAUCCACGCAGUGAUGACACGGUUCCUCUGGUUCUGACGCCUGUUGGAAGUUCUACAGCGUAA